UAGAAUAUCUGUGGAUUGAAAUAAAAAAAAAAUACAGUGAAAAUCUUCUUCAGCCAGUGUAAAAAAAACUAUGAAAAAGUUACUCUGACGUGGAGUUUUAAAAAAAGAAUAGCCGAAAAUGUUAAUUGCUAUUUUGAGGUUAUGAUACUGGCCAGUAAUAAGUUAUGAAAAUAAUCUGCUGAAAGUGCUAACCGGAUAAAGAAAGAAAAACACCGCGGAUAAUAUUUGUGGUAUAUUAAAAAAGUUAUAAGAAUUGUGUCGACACUGGACAUAUUUUACCGCCACAAUGAGGUUGAUUAUGUUAAUUCUGGCUGUUACGCUGUGUUUCACAAACGGAUAUGAAAUUAAAGAAAAAGAUAUUUCAGAAGCGCGAGGCAAGGGAAAAUAUGCUUUACUGAUUCACUUCUUCUACGUCGCAGCAUCGAAGUUGUUCGUCCUCAAGAUUAUAUACGGAGCAAUAUUUUAUGUUAUUGUGUACAAAGCGUGGCAUUUAGUUCUUUGGUUAAUAAAAUAUAUGAAAGAAAACAAGCACGAUCACUACGUCGAGUAUGACCAUAAUCCGGUGUACGACUAUGACCCGUACGGUCAUGGCCAUCACGGUCAUGACCAUCAUGGUCACGGUCACCAUGGCCAUGACCAUGGUUAUGGUCACAAUGACCAAUAUGGUCCGGAUUUUAACGAGCCAUAUGGGGGAUAUGAACGGCCGAUCUAUGGAAGAAAGGGUUUUUCACAUAAGAACAAAGUGUACGACGCUGACGGUUCAUAUUCUGUACAAAGUUAAUUGCAGACUAUUUCUGGUUAUAGUACUAUUUAUAAAACCGAAGAAUCCUAGAUUCGAUUCCCGGACACGGAAGGCUAAUCACCAACUUGUCCAUAAACUAAAGCCAUCUAAACACAUGUACAUCAUCUGCCCCCUACCCCAUCAUGGGACACGGGACAUCACACACACUUUUUAUAGAAGGCAAAUUGAUACGU